AAUGGAAACCCUCCAAGUCCUCCCCCCAGGCGCAGGAUACGGCAUCGUCAUCGGCAUCGGGGGCAUCUUCGCCCUGUUCAUGCUGGCUCUAACAUGGCUUCAGAAUCGAUAUACGAGUUUUUCCACAGGCCAAGCGGAGGAAUUCAACACUGCUUCCAGGUCAAUCAAGCCGGGUCUGAUUUCUGCUGGAAUUGUCUCGUCGUGGACAUGGUCUGCUACGCUUCUUACUAGUUCGACAUUUGCAUACUCGUACGGUGUCUGUGGGCCAAUGUGGUACGGGGCGAUGGGGACGCUGCAGAUUCUCAUGUUUGGACUGAUUGCGAUUAAAAUCAAGGCUAAUGCUCCCGGUGCGCAUACGAUGCCGGAGAUCGUGCUGGAGAGACAUGGGAAGAUCGCGCACAUCACGUAUCUCUACUACGGGCUGGCGACGAAUAUGCUCGUUGGGGCUUGUUUAGUCCUCGGUGGAGCACAGGUCGUGGCAGCGUUGACGGGGAUGAAUGUGUAUGCGGCCAACUUUCUCAUUCCUCUGGUGGUGACUGUGUAUGUGAUAGCUGGGGGUCUCAGAUCGACAUUCAUUGCGGACUACACACAUACGGUCAUUCUGUUCAUUGCGAUUCUCAUCUUCGGGUUCAUGAUCCACGCCACUAGUGAUCUGGUUGGUAGUCCUGCGAAGCUAUACUCUCUGCUGCAAGAGGCAUCGCAGAAUAUGCCCAUUGAGAGAAAUACAGAUGGUUCGUAUCUGGCCUUUCACUCAGUCGGAGGCCUCAUCUUCGCUUUUGAUCUGUUCGUCGCCUCGUUUACCACGGUCUGGCUGGAUCAGAGUUAUUGGCAGCGAGCGAUUGCCUCUCGUCCUGAAACGUCUGUCAAGGCGUAUAUCCUGGGUGGAAUUGCGUGGUAUGGCAUCCCCUUUGGCUUCGCAACAGCCAUGGGCUUAGGUUGCGCUGCCUUGACCAACAACCCUGCCUUUCCCACGUAUCCCCAUCCCCUCUCAGCAGCACAGGUUGACGCCGGCCUCUCUGCCCCAGCAACAGCCAUCACUCUCCUCGGCAAAGGAGGCGCAGUGUUGAUGCUCAUCCUCCUCUUCAUGGCCGUCACCAGCUCCACAUCCGCGGAAUUAAUCGCUGUCUCGUCUCUUCUCACUUUUGACAUAUACAAAACAUAUUUCCGGCCGCAUACAGACUCUGUGACCCUCGUGCGGGUUAGUCACUACGCUAUCGCUCUCUACGCCGUCGUCCUCGCUGUCUUUUGCUGUAUAUUAAACGCAGCGGGAGUGAAUCUUACGUGGCUCCUCACCGUCCUGGGUGUGAUUGUAGGCGGUGCAUCGUUGCCAGUUGGGAUGAUUCUUCUCUGGAAGCGCAUGUCGACUGUUGCUGCCAUCGCUGCGCCGUGGAUUGGGUUUGCCUGUGGUCUUGUCGUGUGGUUUGUAACGUCGCAUAAACGGUCUGGUGAGAUUAGUGUGGCUUCCACUGGUGAUACUACGAAUGCACUCGCUGGGAACCUGGCUUCGUUUGGAGUCGGCUUCAUCAUGGCUGUUGUGCUGAGCUUUGUCUUUCCCAAGAAGAGUAUGCCACUUACCAGAGAUCUAUCACCAUCACCAUCAUCACCAGCAGAAAAAGAUACAGACAAAACAACAACUCCCACCCCAUCAUCAGAUCCCCAAAUCCCACCAAUGGACCCCAUCCUCGCCAAAAAAGGAACCAAAAUAAGCUGGGCCGCCAACGCAAUCUUCUUCUUCGGUGCAGUGAUUCUCGUGCCCUUUACGCUCUUCGGGACGGAGUAUGUAUACUCGCGGCCGUUUUUUACGGGGUGGGUUGUUGUGUCGUUUAUUUGGAUUUGGGUUAGUGUGGUUAUUUGUGUUGUUUAUCCGGUGGUUGAGAGUGCGGAUGCGCUGAGGAAUAUAUCAAAGGGAUUAUGGAGGGAUAUGAGGGGUUUAGGGGGGCGGGGUGAAGUGUAGCUGUACAUAAUCAUUCUAAUAUCAUCUGCUGCUUAAAUACUCUCGUCUCAACUAUCUCGGACGAGAGCAUAACGUACCGUCGAGCACAAUCAUCAGUGAAAUGAAGCCCUAAACUGUGCAG